AUGACUUCAUAUCAGUUUGAAUCAUUCAAUGUUCAUUUCACUGGAAAGAAUUUCUUAUCAUGGGAGUUUCAGUUUAAAUUAUUUGUCACUGGAAAAGAACUAUGGGGUCAUAUAGAUGGAGCCGAUCCUGGUCUUACUGAUCCUACAAAGUUAGGUGAAUGGAAGAUUAAAGAUUCUCGGGUGAUGACAUGGCUUUUAGGGUCAAUUGACCCUCUUAUUGUUCUGAAUCUCAGGCCUUACAAGACAGCUAAAGCCAUGUGGGAUUAUUUACAAAGGGUUUACAAACAAGAUAAUAGUGCCCGACGCUAUCACUUAGAGUAUGAAAUUGCUAAUUACUCUCAAGAAGAUCUUUCUAUUCAGGAUUAUUUUUCUGGAUUUAAGAACUUAUGGGCUGAAUUUACAGAUAUUGUUUAUGCCAAAAUACCGGCCGAAUCUCUCUCUGUAUUUCAACAAGUUCAUGAGCAAAGCAAGCGAGAUCAAUUUUUUUAUGAAGUUAUGCUCUGA